AUGCACUGCAGAUCGACCGUUCCAGGAGAAACCCGAGGAGAAUCCUCGUGGGCUCGUCGGAAGCAAGCAAGCAAGCAAGCUCGCUGCUGCUGCCACCGCUGUGGCUGCUGGGAUCGAGCAGAGGUCCCCCGGCACUGCCCUCGGAGCGGAACAACCCUCGCCGAGUCUCUUCGUCUCACACACACGCCGCUGCCGCCGCCGGAUGACGAUUCAAGUCGCCGGCGCUGCAGCCGUGCGUCGCCGACGGCUGAUUGA